AUGGCUCUGUGGGCCCGUGUGCAGAUGUUGGGUGACACGAUGAGACAGAUGCAGAAUAUAUAUGGGUCAAACUUCCCUAUCGAAGUCAGACAUUUCUUUGCCCAGUGGAUUGAAAGUCAACCAUGGGCUGAUUUCGACGAAGACAACCCAGAGAAUGAAAAAUUCGCCAUCCAAUUUAGCGAACAACUCAUCAAAAUGAUGGAGGAGAAGGCUCAAGAACUUAGUAACGACGAAAUGUUUCUGACAAAGUUAAAACUGCAAGAAAGUGCCGUGCAGUUUAAAAAUAUGUACAGCAGCAACCCAAUGAGUCUCGUUAGGACUGUCAAAAAUUGCCUAGCUAUCGAGACUAAACUCGUUGAGCAAGCCGAUUCGGCGGCCAGCAAUGGCAAGCAGGUCAGUGCCCACAGGCAGAUAUGCGAAAGAUUCGAAUACAUACAAAGAUUCACUCAGGAGACUGAGGCAGAGCUCAGACAAAUUCAACACAAACAAGAACAAUUCAUAAUACAAUACCAAGAGUCUCUGAAGAUAGCCAAUCAGAUACAGCAGUUAGCGUCGCUGCCGAACGGCCAGACGAGGCAUGACAGCGAGCAGAGGUUACAAAAGCAGAAACAAUCCAUUGAUCAAACCCUCAGUCAGAACGCCCAACAACUUUUGCAGAUGAGGAUGCAACUGGCCGACAAGCAUCACGAGACCUGUCAGAGGUUGUCCGAACUGCAAGCACACUUCCUGGAUGAUCAGCUGAUUUCGUGGAAGAGGCAGCAGCAGCUUGCUGGCAAUGGAACGCCAUUUGAUGGCAGUCUUGAUACUUUACAGCAGUGGUGUGAAAGUUUAGCUGAACUUAUCUGGCAAAAUAGGCAACAAAUCAAAAAGGCAAUUUCAUUUUUUUUCUUCGUGGAGUUACUGAGAGCUCAGCUGCCAAUAAACCUACCACCGGGUCGACAGGACUGCCUGCCUGUCCUCAACUCAACCAUCACAGGCCUCCUGUCAUCUUUGGUUACUAGCACUUUCAUAAUAGAGAAACAGCCGCCUCAAGUCUUGAAGAAAGAUUCUCGCUUCACUGCAACCGUCCGCCUGCUUGUUGGAGGCAAGUUGAACGUCCACAUGAACCCGCCCACCGUCAAGGCCACCAUCAUUAGCGAAGAACAAGCCCGCAUAUUGCUCAAGAACGACAAAAACAUUCGUAACGAAACGAGUGGCGAUAUCUUGAACAACAUGGGCUCCAUGGAGUACCACCAGGCCAAUGGCCAGUUGUCAAUCACUUUCCGAAAUAUGGCUUUGAAAAGAAUUAGAAGGGCUGAGAAGAAAGGAAAUGAGACAGUUACAGAGGAAAAGUUUUCCAUCUUAUUUCAGAGUCAGUUUUCAGUCGGGGGUGGUGAACUUGUUUUUCAAGUUUGGACUUUAUCCUUACCUGUUGUGGUUACAGUGCAUGGAAAUCAAGAGUGCAAUGCCCUAGCUACUAUACUUUGGGAUAAUGCUUUUGCUGAACCUGGCCGCCUGCCAUUUUUAGUGCCCGAAAAAGUCCCCUGGCCCAGUUUGGCCCAAACUCUGAUGACGAAAUUUGCAUCUCACUGUGGCUUAGGCCUGUCGGUUGAUAAUUUGAAUUACCUGGCUUUCAAAUCAUCAUCGUCGUCAUCAUCAUCCUCACCAUCGUUCUUCCAGGAACCUCUGACGGGGCGAAACUUCACAUUUUGGGAAUGGUUCUACUCCAUAUUGAAACUGACGAAGGAUUGGCUGCAGGGACCAUGGAAGGAUAGGUUAAUAACAGGCUUCAUAAGCAAGCAGCUGGCGCAGGAUUGGCUGAUGAAAAGUCCAAAUGGGACCUUCCUUCUACGCUUCAGUGACUCAGAACUGGGUGGCAUUACGAUAGCCUGGGUGGCUGAAGACCCUAAUAAACCUAGUGAACGUAAUGUUUGGAAUCUGGCUCCGUUCACUGACAAACAUUUCAAAAUUAGAGGAUUAGGCGAUACGAUAAAGGACCUAGACAACCUGGUCUAUCUCUACCCUAACAUCAACAAAUCCCAAUGUUUCAGUAAAUUCUGGACUCAGCUGAAUGGUGGGCUAUUGUAA